GUACUGGUAUUUCUCGGUAGUUCCUUUGACAUAAAAAUAGUCUUAUCCUUCUUAUUUAUAUCAUUCUUGUUUGAAUUCCGUCAAGAAAUCAACCAACACAAUAACACAAGUCGUAAGUCUAGUAGUGGCGGCAGCCAAAGUGCAUUGUUAUUGAAUAUCUUAAUAAUUGUUGCGUUUGGAUAUACAUAAUUGAAUAUGAAAUAUCUAAUUUUUUUAUCAUUUGUUGGUCUUGCAAUGUCACAACGACCCACAUAUGCUGGGGCAAGUCCUAAAGGGUAUCCCGAGCUGGCUAGCCGCUUUAAGGACUCUACAGAAGACCAAAAUUUAACACAGGUGAAUUCCAGUAUAUCCGUUGCAAAUCGAAUAGGAGAGGGAGAUGACCAAUCUCAAAAUAUUCCUUUAGAUGCUAGAGGAGAUGUUAAUUUGGUUAAUCGGUUGAACAACUGGCCUAGAGACAAUAGACCAUUUUGGCUGCUAAAUGCUCAGCACAUCGAAAAUCUUAGGAACCCAGAGCGUGCAAACAAUAGUCAGCAGACUAACCAAGGAAAUCAAGAGGUUAGAUUCAAGAAUCAGCAAAUACAACAAAGUAAUGAAGACCGGCGAUUCGUAUUCGUGUCUCAACCAAAUAGUCGCGAAAAAACACGAGUUCAGUCAAGAUUUGGAGAAUCCCUGGACACUGAAACUAGAACGAUCAGACCAAAUAGUCAGCGGGGGUCGUUUGCUGGCAAUCACUCUUAGAAUAUGUUGCUGAAUUUAUAUAGACUGAUUUUAAUAGGCUGAGCAACUCCUGUAAUUCUCCAAGCGUCCAUCCAGAUGAGUGUAUUAAAAUAUAGUGGAAAAGCCUUUGCAUAAAAUACAUUGCUUGAAAAACCUAAUUGUUAUGAUGAUUAAUUUAAUAAAUUUUAACGUAGGUAGGUGUUAAAACUAGUUGAGGUAUAUAAAUUUGUUUUUUUGCAUAAUGUAGUAUAACAUACCCAGGUUCGCUCAGUAAGAUUGAACGAUGAGAAUUUUCAUUACCUUUUAAACAACAAAUCUUCUGAAAAAUGAAAUGAAAAACAAACAGGACCUUGUGGAUACUUACUCAAAUUUACUUACUGGACAUGCGCUCGACAUAGCAAAUAUUUGGGAAAUUUAAGGGAAGCAGUAAUAUGUAAAAGAAACGCAAAAUUUGUGAAACGCCUCCUUUAUUAUCAAAGAAAAACGUACCGUUCGCGACCUGGAAUUAACGAGGAAAAAGAGAACGGAAGAGAAAACCUCGAUUCCCCAAAAAUCGAAACAUACUGUGUCAUUUUAAUAAGAAUUGUGAGUCAUUAAUUCAAUAAAAGUUGAAACUAGGUACCGCCCCUGUUCUUGUGCUAAAAUUUCAAUUACACACACGACAUUCAAUCAACACUACCUGUAAUCAAAACUGAAGAGUUUUUCGUUAGUUAGCCCAUCUGUGGCAGGUACCGAGCUCCCUGGUUACGUAAAGUCACGGCUAUAGUUGUUUUUGAGCCAAUAUCUCUUUCCUUUGUGCGGUAGGAUAUUCGCUCGUCAGGUUAGGAAAAUUGUUUCAAAAACGUUUAUUAUUGAACUUAGCAACAAAAUAUUAACUUUCCAAUAAAGUGUGGAUGAUUUUAAACAACUUUUAUUUGAAACAUUUUUGUUUCUGAGUUUCCUAUUUUUUUAAAAAUGAAACCGCAGAUUUUCAUCAAAAUUAGCAGUGCAUCACCGUUGCUCACAGAUGCUUUCUUCGUUCGGUAUCAGUAGCGCGAGUUUGCUUUAUUUCAGGCACGGUCAAGUUAAAUACUUGAGCACAGC